AUGGAGGAGCUUUUGUUACCGCGCGGGGAGGAGGAGGCGCGAUCCGACCAGAGCUCAUACGCUCCGGGAGACGCAGGGAGGACGAUGGGGGACCGGGUGAAGUCGUUGUUCCACCUGGAGAACGGGGAGCCACGGAGGAAAGUGAGGGAUGUCUGUAAGAGGCACGGGCUUCUGGCAUUGUCGGUCAUCUCUGUGAUCACCGGAUGCACCCUGGGCUUCAUGCUGAGGGGGACUCAGCUGUCCUCGCAGGCUAAAAUCUACUUCUCUUUUCCUGGAGAGCUGCUGAUGAGGAUGCUGAAGAUGCUCAUCCUUCCUCUCAUCACGUCCAGUUUGAUGUCGGGUCUGUCGUCGAUGGAGUCGAAGGCGUGCUGUCGGAUGGGCGUCCUCACCGUCACGUACUACCUGUGGACCACCUUCAUCGCCGUGGUGGUCGGCAUCGUGCUCGUCAUCAUCAUCAAACCCGGCGUGGGGACGGAUAUGGAGAGUCACCGUCUAGGAGGCGGGCCGGUCAUGACCUCGGCCGACGCCCUGCUCGAUCUCAUCAGGUAA